AUGGCUCCCUGUUCCAACAGUGCCAUUGCAUCUCUCUGGGAACAUGACAAGACUAUGGAAGAGGGCACCGAGCAGCACAUUCAAGUUGCUGAGGUGAUCCGCCACAGUCCAUACCGCUCACCCUUGCAGAGUCUUACAAUGGUCCGCCUGGCAAAACCAGCCUGCUUUAACCACUAUGUGCAGCCCAUCCCUUUGUCCAGUAGAUGCCCAAAGCCUGGGGACACCUGUUAUGUCAGCGGCUGGGGCUCCACCAUGAGAUAUCAAUUCGAGCAUCAAAUCAAUGCCUCGUGUCUCAGUGUGCCUAUUGUGGAUGACCAGACAUGCAUGAAUACAUUGCCUGAUUACACUUACUGAUUCAUGCUCUGCGCUGGUCAAGCACACACAGAUAACUGUUUGACUGAUGGAAGCAGUGUCAUGGCGUGUGAUGGAACGCUACAAGGUCUGAAGUGGAUGGGUUUUGGUUGCAACAACCCAGCUAAUCCGACCAUCUACACCAAGCUGUGCAAAUACAUUAACUGGAUCAACAAUGUGAUGGACAAAUACAAACCCAUAUUCACCACAACAGUUGCCUUCAAAACAUGAAUGUGACAGUGUGUUGCAUUGUUUAUGGUGGCUCUGUGAUAUUUGAUCUUGUUUGUGAGUCCUCAACCAUGAUUGCUCUGUGUAAGUAGGGCU